GACCAAAGGACGCUUGGAGGAGUUCCACAUAGCUCCAGACACCUCCAAACCAAUCCGGCCCCUAUAUUUGACAUUGCCGCACCCUCACAGCUGCCCGUUGGUUUUCAUUUUACCGUCAAAAUGGUGCAGCUUCCGGCUUUUGAGCACACGCCGAUUGAGACCAUUGAGAGCACCGUCAAUGGCAUCCGCGCAAGCUUUCUUUCGCACAAAACGCGGCCGCUGGAGUACCGGAUUCAGCAGCUGCGCAAGCUCUAUUGGGGAAUGCGCGACAACCGAGAGCUCAUCAUCGAGGCUUGUAAAAAGGAUAUCGGAAAGUCCACCUACGAGACCUACCUGUCCGAGUACGGCUGGUGCGUAAACGACAUCGUCUUCAUGCAGAAGAACCUCAAGCGUUUCGCAAAGGACGAGAAGCCAGAAGAUAUGAAUUUCCAGAACAAGCUCUUUGGGCCCAGGAUUAGAAAGGAUCCUUUGGGCACUGUGCUUAUCAUUGGAGCCUACAAUUUCCCCAUCCAGCUGUCGCUAGGUCCUCUCAUUGGUGCCAUCUCGGCUGGCUGCACCGCCGUCCUCAAGCCCUCCGAACAAGCCCCACAUGCCGCAGCUGUACUCGAGAAGAUCGUUAAGGAGUCGCUCGACCCUUCAAGUUACACCGUCAUCCAGGGGGCGAUCCCAGAGACGACUGCUUUGUUGGACCAGAAAUGGGACAAGGUCUUCUAUACUGGUUCUGCAAACGUUGGCACCAUCAUUGCGAAGAAGGCUGCGGAGACGCUCACACCCGUCACUUUGGAGCUCGGCGGACGCAAUCCCGCUAUCGUUACCAAACAUGCCGACCCACGUCUGGCGGCGAGGAGACUGUUGUGGGCCAAAACGUUGAAUGCCGGCCAGGUCUGCGUGUCACAGAACUUCACAUUGAUCGAUCGCGAGCUGCUCCCUGCCUUUAUCAAGGAGCUGAAGAAUGCGUUCCAGGAAUUCUAUCCCGAUGGCGUGCAAAAGUCGCCUGAUUAUGCCCGUAUUGUGAAUCAGAGGCAAUUCCAGCGUUUGAAGAAGAUGGUCGAGGAUUCCAAGGGCAAGAUCCUGAUUGGCGGCACCAUGGAUGAGAGCGACCUCUUCAUUGAGCCCACAGUCAUUCAGGUCGAUAGUUUGGAUGACAGCACCGUCAAGGACGAGAGUUUCGGCCCGCUGAUGCCUAUCCUUCCCGUCACCGACUUGGACGAGGCGAUCAAGAUUGCAAACCAGGUCCACGAUACCCCUCUGGGUGUCUACUCAUUCGGUACUAAGGCAGAAAUGGAGAAAGUGCUUUCCCAAACCCGCUCCGGCGGUGCUUCAUGUAAUGAUGGCUUCUACCACGCCUCCAUUCCCACACUGGAGUUCGGUGGAGUCGGAACUUCCGGCGCUGGUGCUUAUCGUGGCAAAGCUUCCUUCGACUGCUUCACGCAUCGCCGUCCGGUCACCACGACUCCGGGCUGGAUAGAGGGUCUGCUCUCUAUCAGAUACCCGCCGUAUACGGCAAAAAAGCAGAAGCGGUACGAGAACAUGGCCGAGAUCAAGCCGAACUUUGACCGCCAGGGCAGAACCAUUGGCUGGUUGCAAUGGGCUUUGGGACUGGUGGGAAUCAAAAGCUUCGCCGCCGUGAUCAUCGCUAUCGGCAUCCGGAUGUACCUCCAGCGUCGAUCAAAGCUCUAAAUCAAAAUGGGAAUAUCACUCAGUCUCUUUGUGUAAAUGGAACAGUACAUUCCGUAACUGAGGCAAUUCAACAUGAUAGGUCUCACUACUAUCAUUUGCUACAACUUACACCUCCUACACUCGCGAACGUGAACCAAGUGUCCGUCUAGAGGACCAUACGACGACUCACCGCCGUUCCUUCCAUACAUAUUCUAGAAGCUCGCCGUUACUGCCCUU